AUGCACUCAGAUGCUGCAGGAUACCGCGAAUGGAGCGAGUAUGCCAUCACAGACAAGGAUUUCAAAUAUCCUAUUUCCGCACGCAGACUUUGCAUCAAUGCGAACACCUAUACGGAAGAUCAUGGCACUUUGGGAGAAGACAUUGUACCAGCUCGCAAGAUCGCAGAUCGAAACUACUCUCAACGCGACGCUCUCUAUCGAAUUGAAGCUGCGCAGACGAGAGAAAUGAUGGAAUGGCUGGCUUUUCUCAUGAAGAAGAAACUACAAUCAGUACAUAAUGGCAAGAACGUAAAAACCAUGUAUUUUGGUGUUGAGCGCGUUGGCCGAGUCGACUUCAGUAUUGACGGAAACGUCAUAGAGACGGUGGACGUGCAUCAGGGCGAAGAAUGA